CGGGCUUUAGUUACAUUUGAUUCGUCGUGUGUCGUGUGUUGCAUACACAUUCGUGUUUGUAAUUUGCUGACAUCAAUUGGAACGUUUGAAUAUUUAUUUUGUAUUUUUAAUCUCUUUUGCGUAAUGACAUAAAGUUUUUUUUUCACGCGUGAUGUGAAAAACUACAAGAGAGAUUACUGCGAGUACAUCUCAGAAAAUAAGCGAGAAACCGUGUUAAUUAAAAAUGUUUAAUCAGAACAACACAUUAAGGACAGGAACAUCAAAUACAUCGAAUCCCAUGCAGGAUUUCGAAGUCGUUUCGCCGCCAGACGAUUCUAUCUCUAGUCUGGCGUUCAGCCCGGCAUCUAUCCAACAGAAUUUUCUCGUAGCCGGUUCCUGGGAUUGCAAUGUUCGCUGUUGGGAAGUCGAGCAAUCUGGCAAGACGGUACCUAAAUCAAUGCAAAGCAUGGCAGCUCCGGUCUUGGAUGUAUGUUGGAGCGAUGAUGGAACCAAGGUGUUUAUGGCAGGAUGUGACAAAACAGCAAAAUGUUGGGAUCUAGCCACAAAUCAGAGCAUGCAAGUGGCAGCGCAUGAUGCACCUAUUAGAACUUGUCAUUGGAUAAAGGCAUCUACAUAUUCAUGUCUAAUGACUGGUUCCUGGGAUAAAACGCUAAGAUUUUGGGAUUUGCGUAGUCCUAAACCUGCAAUGACUAUCAAUCUACCUGAAAGAUGUUAUUGCGCCGAUGUGGAUUAUCCAAUGGCAGUUGUGGGAACAGCUGCACGUGGAUUAAUAGUCUACCAACUGGAAGGCAGCCCACGCGAAUACAAACCAGUUGAGCUGAGCUUGAAGUAUCAAUAUCGUUGUGUAGCAAUUUUCAGAGACAAGAAGAAAGUUCCGACCGGUUUCGCGAUUGGAAGCACAGAGGGACGCGUAGCGAUUCAUCAUCUCAAUCUUAGUACAAAGGAAAAUUUCACAUUUAAAUGUCAUAGAACUAAUGGUACACCAAACGGAUAUCAAGAUAUUUAUGCGGUUAAUGACAUAGCAUUCCAUCCAGUACACGGCACUGUAGCAACUGUAGGUGGUGAUGGCACUUUCGGUUUCUGGGAUAAAGAUGCACGUACAAAGUUAAAAUCAUCUGAAACAAUGGAGCAACCUAUCACACAUUGCUGUUUUAAUCACAAUGGACAGAUAUUUGCAUAUGCUGUUUCUUACGAUUGGUCUAAGGGACAUGAAUACUAUAAUCCAGCAAAGAAGAAUCAGAUAUUUUUGAGACCAUGUUACGAUGAAUUGAAACCGAAAGCUUCGCCCUAGGCUUGUUGAAUCCCGAGGUGAAAUUUUCACCGGACAAUGUAUGAAUUCAAAUAUAAUCGCGAGAACUUACACUUUUCA